CUGCUCUGAGUUAGAGAGAGGAUAAGACAGACGUAAAGCGUGUCUGCCUCAGUGCAGCUCCAGGGCGUCUGCACCAUGGCCUGGACCCCACUCUCCCUCCUUGGCCUCCUCCUCCUCUGCACAGGGUCCCUCUCCCAGCCCGUGCUGACUCAGUCGCCGUCUACGUCUGCCUCCCCGGGAGCCUCGGCCAAGCUCACCUGCACUCUGAGCAGUGGGCACAGCACCUACUACAUUGAGUGGUACCAGCAGCAGCCAGGGAAGGCCCCUCGGUAUGUGAUGUAUGUUAACAGUGAUGGAAGCCACAGCAAGGGGGACGGGAUCCCUGAUCGCUUCUCAGGCUCCAGCUCUGGGGCCGACCGCUACUUGACCAUCUCCAAUCUCCAGCCUGAGGACGAGGCUGACUACAUCUGUGGCGUACCUGAUGGUAGUAAUUAUAGCACAGUGAUCCAGAUGAAGAGGGAAGUGAGACAAAAACUGUAUUUACUGUUCCAGUCCCAUGACUGACACACGGCGCCCAAGGAGUAUUUGGUGUUCUGAAUAUUCUUUUGUUGUUAUAAUGUUACAGUCAAGCAGGACAGUCUGUGGUGACUCAGAGCCUCUCAGGGUCCCCCGACCUGAGUGAGCCAGGACUGCAGUCUGCCUCUCCC